AAUGGGGGUCCAAACGAGGCCCCAGCUAUUCUCCCUGACAUAGGAGGAACCAAAGCAGGUCACUCUUAAUGGGCUCGUCGCUCAAUCCCCACUCAAUGGUGCACACAGAUACAGGCACCAAUUUCUUUGUACCCAAUUCUCAGAUCGCCAAGGCUGGUAUCCGACUGGAGGUUGGAAUUGGACGGCUUCUGCAGAAAAUCUGUGGGACAUCGUGUGGAGGUAUCAAUAGUCUGUCCCCGGACUUCGGACACCGACAUACGAGACAGGAUGUGGCUGAUGCCUGUGUGUGCGACCCUUAGGCCGAAACACCCUUGGGGCAAUUCAAACGGUCGGUGUUUUAGCACGGAUGCAGAUGCAAACGUUACGGUGCUCCUGAAGACGGUGCGCGUCAUGUGCUUUAAUGUCAGACCGUGCGCAGAUCGAACUUCGACAUGCGAGCCGUGAGGAGCCGUGGAAAAUGUGUCUUUCGGCGCAGUAUCAUCGGGACGAUGACAUUCGAGCAAUCGUAUGCAACAACAAAUAGCGUUGCUUCAACAGCAAUCGUGCUCGCAGAGUCGCAGUAUGCUGUGCUAUCUUUUAUAUUGCGAGAAGAAGCUCAACAGCUGCAGUAAACAAAAGAGGAAAUAGAUCAAUCGUUCUCAUAACACGUCUGUCUCCCCUAUACAGCCGAGGACCCAACGGUGAUGAUCACAACUGCCACAAGCUUCCCCGACUCUACUGAGGAAUACGUCGACGUCAUCUCACCUUCUCAGAGGACAUCACCGAUCUCACAUUCAGCAAUUUCUCCGACUUGGCGAGCUGGCAGACGGUUGGCGGGGUGAAAGCAGCUAUCGAGGGCAUAAACCAAACGAGCGGCAACGUGAUAGUGGAAAGGUUGUGGGCGGUUCAGCCGGGCUGGGUUACGCUGCAGGUGCCAAGCGAUGCCUUCACCCGCACCAGCGACGGGCGGCCAAGUACCACAUCAAACACGCUGAUCGCCUACUCGGGUACGCAUCACAGGAGGGCACCACAGCAGCAUGCGUGGCGUGUGCGUGGGCAUCGUUGUGUGUCUGCCAGGCUGUAACACGUUUUGGGGCGAACAAAAUCUACUGCUGAGAUCGAGAGUACUACAGCUUAUUCGUGGUGGCAUUGCGGUCGACUUUGUCGCGAGAACAACUUAUGCGAGAUGUAUGUCUUCGACGCCCAGAAAGCGGGUGACAACAAUCCAUCUCUAACCGACUGCCUGCUCUACGGAGACACUGACCCUGCGGACACCCCCGCCGCAAACAUGAUUAGCAGCUCCAGAUCAUGCGCCGUUAACACGGGUAUUGGCAGCUGGAAGGGGCCAAUGGCCAUCUAUGAGACGAGACUUAUUUAUUGUCAUUGUCUUCCCUCCUUAUUCAGACACGCUACCACCUGAAAUACACUUCGUGCGAAAAAUCGACGGGGACGGGGACGAGAUCGUGUCUGGUGGCGCCAUAUUCUUCAACUAUGACUACGAACCCCUUCAGCUCCUUACAGAGGUCCACUUUACCGAUCUAGUUAUGAACGCAGACGUCAGUGAUUUCGAGAUCAAAUGGGAAAACGCCACGACAAAUGGAGUGGUGGCCUUGGGAAAUGUGCUCUGGGAGAGGAUAUUGGAGAAAUCCCCAGCACCCUGGGACCAAGCGCUGGCGGAGAUGCCAUCCAAGAAAUACAGAUUCCAGGUUGGAAGCAAGAGACGCAGUGCUCCGUCAGCAGCUGUCAUACUAAUUUUCUCGUUACUGCCCUGGACAGUUUUCGCUCACAUUUGACAGUUCCCCGUGGGCCACCGAGGCCAACGUGACCAUCACAUUACAGGGAUCCUCUGACAUCGUCGACUACUCGUCGAACCCCAUCAGCUUGCCGACCGAGCCCAUCACCUUCAUAAUCAGACGUCGACGUAAGAGACAGACACACAGACAGACAGUGGCGGCAAGUAGAAACUUGUCGAGCGAUAGCUGGCCGCUCUCUGUCUCCUGUUGCACAGCGUGUGACACGAUGAAAAGACUUAACGACACCGCUCUCGCAGGGGGCGAUCUGAUUCGCUACUCGCUCAUUGGAAUGACGUUUGAGACUUGCGCGGUGGAGUGUCGUGAGCUGGCAGAGUGCGAGGGGUUCACAUUCGACAAGGUUCAGAACAAGUGCUUCCUCAAGUGGGGCAGCCUCCUCGAGUUCGGGGCCAAGGGAUGGGAGGUACUCGCAUCACAGCCCGACGACGACUCGGCAUACUUCGACUGCUCUUGUACAGGAGACUGCUUUGGUAGGCAACAUACACAUCAGAUCGGCAGUGCGUGGCUGUCAUGUCCCCAAUGGAUCGAUGUUACUGAUUGCGCCCCUUUGCCUCGCCCGCCCGCAGAUGUACAUCUCGAGGUCUGCGGUGACUCUCUCGUCGUACGCAACGAGGCUUGUGACGAUGGCAAUACGGCAGCGGGGGACGGGUGCUCAGCUACAUGCCAGAUUGAACCUGGGUGGAUGUGCCCCACACCCGGAGAUCCUUGCGUACCGAUAUGCGGUGACGGUCAAUUGACCGGCAACCAGACUUGUGACGAUGGCAAUACAGACAGCGGUAACAAGCAAUCACAGACAGACAGACAUCAUGUGACGUGUACAUAAUAGCAUACACAGACAGACAUUCCUGCCAUGCGCGCCCGGAUGCAAGUAUGUAUGUCUGUAUGUAUGUCUCUGUCCUACCCUUGCCUCCUGUCUGUAGGUGACGGAUGUAACAGCGCUUGUAUGCUAGAAGACGGGUGGACAUGCCCCAGCCCUGGAUCCGUGUGUAGUCGUAAACAUCCCCAGCCGCACAUGGACAUGACAGAGACAGCAGCGGACUGUAUGACUUCGGAUGUGUGGAUGUUUGUCAGCCAUCUGUGGGGAUGGCCAAGUAAAGGGCUCCGAACAGUGUGACGAUGGCGAUACAGACAGCGGUGUGUGUCCGGCACGUGCUUUCCUUACAUGGCCUGCCUGUUACGAGCUGUUGUUCCUGGCUGGCUGGUGAUGCAGGUGAUGGAUGCGACAGCAUGUGUCAGAUUGAACCUGGAUGGACUUGCCCUAUCGUCGGAUCCCCCUGCCGUGAGCACAAGGCUCUCUUGUGAACUCUCUGCCAUCCUGCUUCUCGCCUCAGUUCUCAUUACGACUACGACGACUACGACAACAGGGUCUCCGCCGACGACAGCCCCCCUGCCACCAGCCACCUCGGCUGCGCCAUCUCCAACCACUACCGCGCCGCCCCCCACCACACAUCAGCCGACGACUAG